AUGUCUAGGGAGUGCAACGUGUCUGCUGAGGCGGCUGACCCUCUGAUGGAAAAAAAAUAUCUGGUCUGCGCUUCGAAGCUCCUAGAGUUGUUUUCGAUCUGUAAGGAGUGCCUGGCCCCAACAGAGACGAAACUGAAGCAACGGGGGACCCUGCUUCACGCCGUUACUACAUGUGUUAGGGGCCAUACGACUGUAUGGGAAAAUCAGCCAACGAUUAACGGCAAGGCGCUGAUGAACAUCAUCUUGCCGGCCGCUAUAACAUACUCUGGCGCCAGCCCUACACGUGUUCUGCGCCUUCUGGGGUCAAUAGGUGUCGCUGUGAUACACAAGACUCAGUUCUUCAAGGUCCAACGCUGUCUGGUCUUCCCAGCUGCAACAAAGGUCUGGAAAACGGAGCAAACUGUCCUCCUGACAUCAAUCUGUGGCACUGGCCUUCACUUGGCCGGUGACGGCCGUGCAGACUCACCCGGCUAUUCUGCCAAAUAUGGGACCUAUAGCUUGCUAGAAACCAACAUCAACAAGAUCCUGCACUAUGAGGUUGUCCAGUCGAACGAGGUCAAGUCAAGCAACCAUAUGGAGACUGAGGGCCUCAAACGUUCUUUCGACUACCUCCAGGGUUGGGGGUUCUUCCCGGAUGUACCUGUGACAGACCGGCACUUUGGAGUGAGUGCCCUCAUGAAGGACAGCUACCCGAACACGAAGCACCGUUUCGAUGCUUGGCACAUUGCUAAAGGAAUUGGGAGCAAGCUUGCUACUGCAGGAAAGACAAAGCGAAACAGCAUCCUGAAUAACUGGGUGAAGACUGUUCGUGCCCAUGUUUAUUGGUGUGCUCAAACCAGUAACGACAACGGUGCAAUGGUGCUGGCCAAAUGGAAGUCGUUGAUGCGACAUGUCGUAGACGUGCACCAGCACCCUGACCCGAUGUACCCUGCGUGCACCCAUGCCUCGAUAGAGGACCGCUGGUGGCUUCUUGAAGGAUCUGAGCCAUACAUCGCACUGGAAAAAGUUGUGAUGUCGCAUCAGCUUUUGAAAGACAUCCCAAGGAUCUCUGGAGAUGGCCAGACGUACCGCUUGGAGUCUUUCCACAGCCUGCUCAUCAGGUUUACACCCAAGUCAACUCACUUCACUGUAGAGGGCAUGGUGGCACGGACUUCCAUUGCUGUCCUCCACUACAAUGAAAAUUCAGAACGGAAACAAGCCAAAACAAAAGACAGCAAGGAGCGGUAUGCACUCCAAUACCCGAAGGCGAGAAAAGGCGAAUGGGUUGUAAAACAAAUCAUGGAGCCUGCGUCAUACGAUUAUGUCCACAAGCUCCUCAGCUGCUGCCUGGAGUUGGCGGAAGCCGUCCCCACCUACAAGGAGGCCGAGGCCGCCUAUGUUCCCUGCUCUCGUAGGCAGCCCCUGUGCAGUGCAUCCCAGAGGCCGAACAAAGAAGCUGCAGUCCUAGCCCACAGGACCCGGUUUCACACUCAACAACGCCAGGGCCAAUGUUAGGCAUGGAUGGAAAUCGCUCCCGGAUCUUGCCGACCACACAGCAUGGGAGCCUGACACGGCGGUGACGGCCCAGCUUCCCCCAGACCCACCACACGAACUGCUUGUAGGCUGUAAAUCUGUAUGUUCUGCAAAUGGUAUGCCCACAGACACUCAUUAGUUUGCGAAAACAAUCACGUACUGCGGUGCAUGUUGGGAACAGACAAGCAAUGCAGUGUAAUGAACAUGUGAUGCUGAUGAACUUUCCGUAGAAGUUCAGGAGCCCCAGAUAUGCCCAGAGUUCUUUUUGGUCUUUGGGCGUCUUCGCCUGUAGGAUAGCAUCCACCUUCUUGGGAUUUGGGUGAAUUCCUUGUUGGUCUGCAACAUGUCCUAGGUAGGUACUCGAUAGAGUCCUGCAUGAAGCAGCAUUUUUCUUUCCCUUGAGUUUUUGCCAUAUGUGAUGUUGAUCGUUCUUGAAAGUUACCACAAUGUCAUCCUGAAAGGCACCUGUGUAUGUUAAGUUCCCAAUGAGUUCUUCGAUGAUGCGUUGGAAGAUAGCUGAUGCUGGGGGUUAUUCCAAAUGGCACUCUGUUCACCUGAUAGAGCCCUUUAUGUGUGUUGAUCACUGUGAGAUCUCUUGAUUCUUCUGUUCAGGGGAUCUGGAAGUAGGCUUGUCUGCAAUCCAGCUUAGUGAACUUCUCUCUCCAUGACCAGUCUUCACAAAGAGAUCUUCAGUAUUGAGUGUAACCUUGUAAUUCCCGCAUAUGCCAGCAUACUUGUCGGUUUGCCUUCAUCACUGGAACAAUUGGAGUCGCCCACUCACUCCUCAUCACAGGAGUGAUUAUGUGCUUUUCCUCAAGACGUAAUCUUUUGUCGGAGGGCGUAUGGAACUGACCUUGGUCUGAGAAGCUUUGGUUGAGCAUCAUCAUUCACGCCGAUUUUCAUGGCAUAGUUCAUCAGCUCUCGGACCUUCUAAGAUGGAACUGUGUUCCUGUUGCACUCUUGCGAGAGUUAAGGUUUCUGCGCGCACGUUGUGCACUUCCUUCUAGUUCACUUGAAAAUCCUGAAGCAAUGCCCGUCCCAGUGUGGGAGGUCCCCCUUUCUUCACCACUUGAAUUUUAUGAUGCAUGACUUGCCCGUUUUACUGCAUCUCCACUUGAACCAUUCCCUCUGGAAUGAUGGGCUUGCCAUUGUAUGGCUUCAGCGUUAUUCCCAAAGGUUUCAACUG